UGUUGUGACUCCCUGUCCACAGCCCGGUGCUGCCAGACUACCUGCUGGUGUCCCUGUUCUGCGAGUUCGGCCGGCUGCGGGCCGCGUGGGAAGGACUCGGGGACACCGGGAAGCCGCGCAGUGGUGAUGUGAAGUCCUGAGUUUCCAGUGUUUCCCCAGAUUGCCAGCCUCACACUAGAUGGUGCGAAUGGCCAAAAAAAGCCUUAACGUUGCAGGAGGCGGUGACCUUCGAGGACGUGGCUGUGAAGUUCACCAGGGAGGAGUGGGCUUUGCUGGAUCCUUCCCAGAAGAAGCUCUACAGAGAUGUGAUGUGUGAAACAUUUAGGAACCUGACUAUCAUAGGAAGGAGUUCUGAUGGCCAGAAAAUUGAAGAUAAACACAGAAAUUUCAGGAAACAUAUAAGAAGUGAAGAAGCAAAGCAGUCCUGUCAAUAUAAAUUACGGUAUCAACAUGGGGAAAUUGUUUUUCAGACUUCAGAUACAAACGUGCACAUGAAAGUUGGUAUAAAACCAAGAGAAAGCAUUUCCUCCAGAAGGCCCCUGGUUUCUCAUUCAUCAAGAGAUGGGCCCAUUAUAGCUACCACUAAACACAAAUCACAGGAGCAGAAGAGAGUUCAAAGGGAGCCGUCCAACUCUAACAAACAGGGCCGAGCCUGCACAGAACUACAGUUCAUUCAGAAACACACAGAGACAAGUCCUGGGGAGAAACGCCGUGAAUGUAUAUCAUGUGCAAAAUCUUACUCUGAUUGCACUGAAGAAAGUACCGUUGAAAAAAUUCCAGAUGUCAAAUCACGUAUUACACCCAAAGAUGUUCAACUUGGGGACAGAUUUCACGGUGAAAUGAACACAUAUAUAUGUAUACCGCAGGGAGUAGCUUGUAAUUCUCACCAUGAUGGUCAGACAUGUGAUAAAGCUCAUUCUGGUAGAAAACCCCAUAUAUGUAAACACUUUGGAAAAUCCUUUACUUAUAAGUCAUUGAGCAAUCAUGAAAGAACUCACAAUGGGGAGAAAUCAUAUGUAUGUAAGCAAAUUGGGAAAGCUUUCGGCAGAAAAGAUCAUAGUCAAAUGCAUGAACGGACUCACACUGGGGAGAAACAGUUUGUAUGUAAGCAAUGUGGGAAAACCUUCCUCACACACAGACAUACUCAACAACAAAUUCACACUGGGAAGAAACAAUAUAUAUGCAAGCAAUGUGAGAAAGCUUGCAGCACACGUGCUGUUUGUCAAACUCGUGAACAGACUCCUACUGGAGAAAAACUCCAUUUAUGUAAGCAAUGUGGCAAAGCCUUCAGCACACACAGUAAAUACAAAGUACAUGAACGGACUCACACUGGAGAAAAACCCUAUGUAUGUAAGCAAUGUGGAAAUGCUUUUAGCAGAAAAGAGAAUUGCCGAAUGCAUGAACGGACUCACACUGGGGAGAAGCCCUAUGUAUGUACCCAAUGUGGGAAAGCUUUCCGCACCCACUAUAGUUGUCAAGUUCAUGAAAGGAAUCAUACUGGGGAGAAACCAUAUGUAUGUAGUCAGUGUGGGAAGGCUUUCAGCAGAAAACAUCAUUGGCAAAUGCAUGAACGGACUCAUACUGGAGAAAAACCCUAUGUAUGCAAGCAAUGUGGGAAAACUUUUAGCACACGUCGUAAGUGUCGAAUACAUGAAAGAAUUCACACUGGUGAGAAACCCUACACAUGUAAGCACUGUGGCAAAGCUUUCAGAACAAGUGGUGUUUGCCAAAAUCAUGAACGAACUCACACUGGGGAGAAACCCUAUGUAUGUAACCAGUGUGGAAAAGCUUUUAGCAGACAAGAUACUUGUCAAGAACAUGAAAGAACCCACAGUGGAGAGAAACCCUAUGUGUGUCAGAAGUGUGGGAAAACUUUCAAAUCACACAGAACUUGCCAAAGUCAUAUACGGACUCACACCGGGGAGAAACCCUACGUAUGUAAGCAAUGUGGGAAAGCCUUUGUAAGACACAGAGAUUGUGAAGCACAUAUUCGGACUCACACUGGGGAGAAGCCCUAUGUAUGUAAGCAAUGUGGAAAGGCUUUCAGUACACGUGGUGUUUGUCAAAAGCAUGAACGGACUCAUACUGGAGAGAAACCCUAUGCAUGUAAGCAGUGUGGCAAAGCUUUCAGCACAAAUGGUAUCUGUCAAGAACAUGAAAGGAUCCACAGUGGAAAAAAGCCCUAUGUAUGCAAGCAAUGUGGAAAAGCUUUCAUUACAUACCAUAAACGUCAAAUACAUGAAAGAAUUCACACUGGUGAGAAACCCUAUUCAUGUAGGCAGUGUGGAAGAGCUUUCAGCACAAGUAGUAUUUGUCAAACUCAUGAACGUACUCACACUGGGGAAAAGCCAUAUGCUUGCACCCAGUGUGGGAAAGCUUUCAGCAGAAAGUCAGGUUGGAAAAUACAUGAAAGGACUCACACAGGUGAGAAACCCUAUGUAUGUAAACAAUGUGGGAAAGCCUACGUCACACACAGAGAUUGUGAAACCCAUGUACGGACUCACACUGGGGAGAAAACAUAUGUAUGUAACCAAUGUGGGAAAGCUUUUAGCAGACAAUAUAAUUGUCAUGUACAUGAAAGAACUCACACAGGGGAGAAACCUUAUGUAUGUAAGCAGUGUGGGAAAGGUUUCAGCACAAGUACUGUUUGUAAAAAUCAUGAACGGACUCACACUGGGGAGAAACCCUAUAUAUGUACACAAUGUGGGAAGUCUUUUAGCAGAAAAGCAGGUUGGAAAAUACAUGAAAGGACUCACACUUAAGGGGAACCCUGCAUGUGUAAACAAUGUGGGAAAGCUUUCAGCAGAUAAUAUACUCGUCAAGGACAUAUGUGUGUCAGAAACGUGGGAAAGUUUUCACAUCACACAAAUUGUCAACAUGUACAAACACUAACUGGGAAGAAACGAUAUGUGCGUAAACCAUGUGAGAAAGCUUUUAAGACACCGAGAUUGUCAAGAACAUGAAGAACUCACACUCAGAAAUCCUAUGAAUGUAAAUAGUGUAAAAAAAACUCUCACCACACAUUUUGUUUGUCAAAAAGGUGAAAGAAUUCACACUGGGGAAUAAAUGCAUGUGUGUAAGUAGUGCGGUAAAGCUUUCAGUUCACAUGGUCAUUGAUAAAGACAUCAAGGAACACACUAUUGAAAUACUACAUAUGUAAGCAGUGUGUGAAUACGUUCAGUACACAGAUACUGUCAAAUACAUGAGAUAAGUUAGGGUUAGGGUGAGAUAAGUUACACUGGGAGAAAGUCUGUAGAAACAGUAAAGCCUCUGUGUAGCAAGGGUUAUACACAUUGUUUGCUGUUUGUUUGUUUGUUUUGUUCUGGGAAUCAAACUUAAGACCAGGUGCUUGCCAAGCAGGUGCUGUGCCACUGAACUGUAUCCUUGACCCUAUUCUGUGCAUUGAGAAGAGAGAUUACAAUAACUAAAUAUAUGGUAUGACUUAGACAUGAAUAUUUUCUUUUAAAAAGUAUAAAAUGCCUUUUAAUUCACACAAGUAUUAUUACAUACAAAAAAGAAUUCAUAAUAAAGAGACUUGGAACGUA